CCUACACUAGCACAGCCUCUGAGAUGAGAGGAACUACUGUGGUUCUACUUGCUCUUCUGACUGGAGCACUGAAUUCUUGUUGUAGAUCAUUUAACCUUAGAGAUGAUGAGAGACAAAGUGAGCAUUCAGAAAACAGAGCUGUUAAAGACAAAAAAGCCUUGACAUGUACUGCAAGAUAUUUACUAUUUUCAUGCCAUGGCUACCUUGUAGAGAAUGGUCAGUUUACACGCAUGAUGAUUCUUUCGGAGGAAAAACUUGAAGUGAUUUUAAUGCAGGGUAUUAUUUUAAGACACCCAAAACUCUGCCUUUGUGAAGUUCUAGAUAUGCGGUUUCUGUGUGGGCAGAACAAAGUAGAGCCCAAUCAACCACCUGUCCUGGGUUGUAAGGAUUUCAAUCAACCUUUGCACAGUUUAAAGCACAGCCAUGUGUAUUUCGUACUGAUGAAAUACGAUCUGAAAAAUGGAAACUUUUUAAGUAGUUCCGGGACAAAUGGACAUCAAAUAAUGUGUGAACUAAAUGUGAAAAAUCUAAAAAAUGGAGACUUUUCAGGAAGUUCCUGGACAUACGGACUUCACAUAAUGUGUGAAUUGAAUGUGAAAAAUUGCAAUGGUGGAAUGGGGUGUGUAUGCUUCACCGUUUACAUUUACAUGGCUGCAGAGGACCAGGUGAAUGUUACAGACAGACUGUGCAUAAGAAGUGGAGCCUGGUUAACAACAGCUAAUUUCACUGAAUCAUAUAAUGCACAGAGACUCACUAUCUGGUGUAAAGCAGCUGUAAAACUGUCAAGACCAGCAGUAAAAGUUCUCAAUGGUACCUUUAUUAAACAGACAGAAGACUGGACAAUACCUUCAUUGAUCUGUUUGUUUACUACUUUGCAUUGCCAGCUUAUCCUGUCACACAACCAUUUGUGUAUGAUCUCUCUCAUGAGGGGGAGCGGUGAUUGUAAAGGCACAUAUCGCAGUGUUGUUUACCAGCUCAUAUGGACUGUUUCACUGAAGAAACUCAAGGAGUUAAACCGAAUGGCUAAUAGCUCCUCCAUAUUAAAUAUGCACACCUGCACAGACAUGUGGAACCCUAAAGAAAUAAGUCUACUACAAUGGCAGAUCUGCACUCUACUCUGCAAGGGUCUGGUUCACCAGUGGAUAAUGAGAGCUCUGCUAAUCACUGCUUCUCUGUUUUUAAUCAGUCAGACUGCAGUUGUGACAGCUGUAAGCUAUACUCAAAGGUAUGUUUUUACCCAGAGAUCCAGGAACUCAAAUCAGAGAUUUCUUCUGCUUUUCACAAUGUCAUGGUGCUCUUUGAGUCCACCUACUGUAACUAGACAAUCAACUGGAUGUUCCUGCAAACUUCACCACACAGCAUUUGGGAUUACUUUUGUCUUAUGCCUCUCCUGUGUUCUGGGGAAAACAAUAGUGGUCUUAAUGGCCUUUAAGGCUACAUUUCCAGGGAGCGAUGUAAUUAACAAGUGGUUUGGACCAUUGCCUCACAGACUCAGUGUUUUUGCCUUAAUACAGAUACUUGUUUUUGUUUUUUGUUUUUUAUUCUGGUUCCAUUUAUUUUACUUAAACUUGAACUAUUACCAGGAAAAGAAUACAGUAGAAUAUGAUGUGUUCUAUGACACAGGUUUUUUUCCUAGUUUUGAUCACUUGAGGCUCAGUUUCAUUCUGACAGUUCUUGACUUGCCAUGUACUAUGGUCUGUUACUCAGUGUUGAACAUACAUGCAAUUAUGGCUGGAACAACAAGAAUAUCACUCAGAGCAAUGCAAAUACUAGUGUAUAUGGAAACAAAUACACUUAUUUAAAAUUAAAAAUGUUUUUUCCCCUCA